UGUUGUUAAAACCUUCCACAGGUUCUCUCCGCUGAAACAGCGAUGGCAAGUCACGUCAAGAGCAAUGAAUCUGGAACUGUGGAGAUGGACAGCGCUUUAGCGGGAUUGACAGUAAGAGAGAACAUAACUGAAACGGAUGGCUUUAAUCAAAGAGUGGAUCCUAAUGAGGAGUAUAAGAUGGACCACAAGAAACGAGGAAUGGCUCUGAUCUUUAACCAUGAGCGUUUUUACUUUGAGCUCAUGAUGAGCAACCGCUCUGGCACAGAGGCAGACAAACACAACCUUGUUAGAAGAUUUCAAGAGCUGGGUUUUGAAGUGAAGGCUUAUGAUAAUUACGAACGGGAUGAAGUUAUGUCCAUAAUCACAGAAGCUGCUGCUGCUAACCAUGUAGAUGCAGACUGUUUUGUCUGUGUCUUUUUAAGUCAUGGGGAAAAUGGUCACAUCUAUGCCUACGAUACGAAGAUUGAAAUUCAAGAAAUCACUGAUUUGUUCAAGGGGGAUAAAUGCCGUAGCCUUGUUGGGAAACCCAAGAUCUUCAUCUUUCAGGCUUGUCGUGGUGACAAACAUGAUGAACCUGUGAUCCCAAUGGAUGCGCUGGACAGUCAUAUAGUCAAUGAGGUGGUUGUAGAUGCGGGGGCGUUCUGCACCCUUCCAGCAGGAGCAGAUUUCCUUAUGUGCUACUCAGUAGCUGAAGGAUUUUUCUCUCAUCGUGAGGUGGUAAAUGGCUCGUGGUACAUCCAGGAUCUGAGUGAAAUCCUCAGGCAUUAUGGGUCCACACUGGAGUUCACUGAUAUCCUGACGCUUGUUAAUAGGAAGGUUUCCUUUCGCAGUGUAGGAAACUGCAGGGAUCGCUCUGCUAUCGGCAAAAAACAAGUGCCUUGCUUUGCGUCCAUGCUUACUAAGAAGCUGUUUUUCAGGCCUAAGAAGGAACAAUAGUAUUAGGGCCCUAUUGCAGGUAAAAAUUCAGGCAUUAGAUU